AUGCACGGAAUCACCCGUCGGAAAUCCAGAGAUGUUUGUCGGGCCAAUGGAAUUCCUGUCCGUCAGCUUGAUUUUACUCUUACCGAGGCAUGUGGUGCUGAUGAGGCCUUUUGUACUGGGACCUUCCCCUCGCAGAUCCAUGUACGAGAAAUGGAUGGACGGAACAGCGGAAGUGGAAAGCGUGGUCUGAUCGCAGAACGCCUUCAACAGCUGUAUUUAGAGAUGGUGGUAAAGGAUAUCGAGAGAACGCGGGCGGAGAUUCAACAAGAUCUGAGAGUAGCAAGAUCAUUCAAGCUAUAG